CGCAUUGCACGCUCACAGACGCGAGACGCGUGCGCAUACAGCACGCGACCUGUCAAACCGAUCGAAUUCGGAACUUUUUGAAAAUGGAUCCUACGCUUGACCUCUUUUUUGUAGACUUGACCUAAACUUUUUUUUUCAUAUAAAGUUUUCCUUUUUUAAAACAGUGACAAUUUUAGUUAAAUAGUGUUCCGAAUUAAGUGCUAAAUGUUCUGUAAGGUCUGGUUUUACAGUGACUACAAGGGCGUGAAUUUUGACUCGUUAUUAGUGAACUGAAAAGGUGUGAACUACCGUAGAUUUGAAGUGGAUUCUGUUUAUUUGUUUGUCAGAACAUAGGUGUCAUAUUUGAACGGAUUGGCCAUAGUAUUCGUACGGUGUGAGUGGCGAGGAGUGAGUGCGGCGCAGUGCUAAUGAUGAGAACGGUCCGGGCGCGCGGGGACGCCACUCAGAGCGCCACACUCACCAGCGAGCUGCAAACAUGUUCACCAGGUUCGACCAGGGCAAAUCGACGAAAGGCGCCAGCAAACUCCGCCGAGACCUCAUCAACGCAGAGAUCGCGAACCUCCGGGACCUCCUGCCCCUCCCCCCCUCCACCAGGCAGAGGCUAUCCCAGCUCCAACUCAUGGCUCUAGUCUGCGUGUACGUCAGGAAGUCCAACUACUUUCAGCAAGUUUUCAAAAGAUUUGACAUCAACCAACACUCGUCGACGCCACCAAAUAUCGGAUUUUCUAAAGCUCUCAACGGAUUCCUAAUGAUGAUGACGCAAAACGGCAAACUGCUCUACAUAUCGGACAACGCAGCGGAGUACCUCGGCCAUUCCAUGGAGGACCUCCUCAUCCACGGGGACAGUGUAUACGACGUGAUCGACAAGCAAGACCAGCAGGCUGUGAGGACGGAGCUGGCAAGGGCCCCCACUGAUGGCGAGGACAGGGUGUUCCUCUGUCGGAUGAAUGUGGCCAGGAACGCGAGGCGGCAGAUGCGGUUUGGGGAUCAGAAAGUGGUGCUAGUCCGAGGGCACUACGUGUCAUACCUGCCGCUGUGCAGCCGCAACGAGCCGGUGUUCCUGGCCGCGUGCACGCCGCUCGCCAUGCCCGAGACGCGCGAGUGCGUCGUGCACGGCGCCACCAACGUCUUCACCACCGUGCACGCCGUCGACAUGAAGAUCCUGCACAUCGAUGCCAAUAGCGAAUGGCACCUGGGCUGGGAGAGGAGUUCGCUUCACGGCGUCAGCUGGUACCACCUGCUGCACCCUGACUGCUGUAAGGAGGCGCAGAGCAAGCAUCGACUGAUAACACAAUCCGAGCAAGAGAGGUCGUGCAUAGCGCUGCUGAGGCUACAGCGAAGAUGCGGGCAGUUCCUAUGGGUGCACGCGGUUUUGCAGCUUAAGGACAACCUGGAGAACUCACAGCGGCCGGUUAUUGUGUGCACUAACCAGGUGUUGAGUGAGCAAGAAGCAGCAGUCAUGAAAGCUAACCCCUGGCUAUACCACUACUACGCGGUCCAGUCCAAACUCCACUACGGCCUGGCCUACGAAGCAGCGUCUAGGAUGUACGGGCCUCCCCCAGGCCCAGACGUCCAGGUCUACCCCCCAACGAUGCAGUACACAACCCCACCCGUCUGCAUCAACGGGAACCAGCCAGUGAUGAUGCCCAACCCAGUACAGCCUCAUAUUCCACAUGUUCCUCCUCACAUAGCUCCGAUGCACUACGCGUAUGAAAGGACCGACAACGGACCAGUGGAUUACUCGGUGUCAUUGCAGGAAAACAGGUACCACAAUAUCCGGAUAGAGGAUACGAGAAUCCAACCUAAUGCGAAACGGAAAGCGAAAAAUGCCGACGAGAAACCCAUCACCCCAGUUCCCAACAUGUCUCCGCGCUGCACUCCUUCCACAGUCACGUCUGGAGACACGUUAGUCGCUGUCCAAGCUGGGUCCAUCACGAGCAGGCGACCAGGGUCCAAGAACUUCAACAUAACAGAAACAGAAAUGGUUGAUCAAUGGAAUCCAAGUCCGACGUGGUCGGAGUCAGCAUUGCAGAAAGUCCCUGACGUCUGUCACCAGGACUUGAGUCCGUACGUGACGACGACGCCUCCAACGCCGUCUGGAACUCCCUCAGCUUACACUCACAACUGUAGCCACACCUUUGUGUUCGACUGGUCACCAGAGCAAUAUGUUCCUCAUACUAACAAUAGAUGUAACACAGUAACGACAGAAAGUUCCUACCAGCAGACGUGGAAUAGAAGUCAAAGGGCGUACGCCGCUGGAGACAGUUCGGUUGAUGAGAACUGCAAUCCUAAUAGAUUAAGCUUACCAAUGAGGGUCAGUAAUCCACCGCCAGCGUAUAACGCGAAUAGGGAAGCAGACAAUAUUCUUAGGAGACAAAUAGAUCGUCCGCACCCAGAUUCGCCGGACGCCAAAAAACCAGCAUUAUAACUAGCAUAUUAAUAACUUUCUUUGAAUAAUGUAGUUAAUUAUUUGUUACCCUAUAUAAUAAAUUUUAUUUUAUAUAGAAAAGCUCUGGAACUCUCCUGUGAUCUUUGUGUUGAUAAGUUUUGUAUAUUAGCUAGAUUGUAUAUUGUCAAAUUGUACAAACUAGGUUCACUGUUAGAUAGGUAAAGCAAUGAAGCGUCACAUUGAAUGUGAUCUACUGCGUAUACGAAGUUAUGUAUAAAGUAAGUAAAUAAAACAGGAAUUGUGUGCU